AUGAACAUCGAUCCAGCUAUGGAAGAGGCCGAGAGAUACCUCAAACAGAGCGAAGGCUGGGCGCCAGUACACAUUGGUAAAGACUGGGUUGCCGUCAAGCGUCUGGGAGGUGGUUCUUAUGGCAUAGCUACUCUGUUUGAAUAUCGGGGACAUAAUCCAGAUGUAUCGCCGCGGCAACUAGUGGUUAAGCAGGAAGGAGGCGCAGGUUUGAAUUUGAAACAGGAGAGUAGGGUGAUACAAAGUCUUAUGAAGUACGACAGUGACCAUAUCAUCAAGAUAUAUAAGGCUUAUCAUCGGACUAUGGGCACGGGGACAAACGACGCUAUGGACCGGGCUAUUGUGGAUUAUGCUAAUUGGCUGGAUACUGACAAGAAGCGCGACGCCAAUAUUAAGGUACAGCUCAGGCGAAAAUAUGAUGUCGCAAGGAUUUAUCUGGAAUUUGCAUCUGGAGGGGACCUAGGAAGUUGGAUGUUCGAAAACUGCCAGGACCAGCGCCCUCCAGAGGAAUACAUUUUUAGGAUAUGGGAAUGUUUGUUGAAGGCACUGAUGGUUUUGAAAUAUGGGACAGAGAAUCCAAAUGAUUCAAUCUUUGAAAAAGAGCCAAAGGAUCGUCUGCAUCAACCAAUUGCACAUUUUGAUAUCAAGGGACCAAAUAAGGACCGAAUGCUAAAUGUUUCUUCAUGUAGAAUUGGCGAUAAUCCUCGACCAGGCCAUGAACGGAUAUCGGUUCACAAGCUUGCCGACUUCGGGCUCGCACUUGAAGUUCCUGACGCCGAAGUAUUGAAAAGGAGUGCUGCCAAACGGCGAGAAUGGCUCAAGAUAGCUCAAGGACGCAACACCUACUAUGCACCUGAACAAUUUUUGGUCGGCAAUCCAAACCGCGUGAUAGGCACCUCAACCGACGUGUGGAAUGUUGCUAAUGUUAUUUACCAAUGCCUAGUAAAUAAUAAUGCUGUGCCCGACAAUGAAUUCUUCGAGACAGGAGUCGAUCCCGAACCCUCCGAGACAUUCCUGACUAUGGGCAAAUAUCUCUUGCAUCCCGAACUAGAAGUUUAUAGUAGGAGAUUUAGGGGGUUGAUUUUAAAGUCUUUAGCAUAUUAUCCCGGAGAACGUCCGGAUGUACGGGAUUUACUAGUACAGGUACAAGAAUCUGUAGAUUUUUGGAAUUUUGGCGAAAUUCAUGACUUGUUUUUGGAAGGCAUUUAUGGAGGGGAAGAUGGGUGGGAUGAAAAAUAUCCGGAUGCUACUCGGAGAUCGAAAAAAUAUCAAGGUAUGCAAAUGAUCAGGUUGCAAAAGGAGAGGCAGCCACGAAACCCAGACUACAGUAAUCCAAAAUGGUGGAAACCGGCAGAAGAUGAAUAUGAUUACGAUGAUUAUGAUCUUUUAUUUCCGACUCGCAAGGCGCUUCAAAUGGGGUAUAGAGAAAUGCCGUUCGAAUUGGGAAAGCCGAUACGCAACCCGAUGUUCCCUGAUUGGAGAGCAGUCGGACCAGACGGAAGGCCGGUGCGAGGUCCUACAGAGCCAGACUUUGAUGAUCCAGAAGAUGACCCUGAAGAUGAUGCAGACGAUCCGGAGGAUGGUGCAGCCGACCCAGAAGAUGAUCCAGAAGAUCCAGAAUACGUUCCGAAGGGAGGAGAUCAACGCGCCUACAAUAAGGGGAAAAGAAAAGGAGGAGAAGAACCAAUAUUCGUAAGAGCCUUAGCCAUCGAGCGGGGCGUAAAAAGAAUGCGCACACCUGAGGAACAAGAAGCUGUUCCCUGGAUAAAGCCCCCCCCUCCUGUCAAAAUCGCCCUAAAGAGACGAGCUCGAAGAGCCAAACGCCGAAAACCCCAACGCCGAAUAGUCCAACCUAAACGUAAACAAGAACUUCGUGUGGCACCUUACCGCGAUGCAAAGAGACAACGAAUAGCGGACCCUAACUCUCCGCAGUUUUAUGGAAAGGAAUAUAAAAUGAAUACUGCGGGGAAACUGAUGGUUCGGCGUGCAGGACCUUUGCCUAGAACGGGAGAAAUAGAGGUAGAGAGGAGCACGCCGUGGGCUUUGAAUCAACCGAGUCCGCGAAAGCCCGUUAGAGGGGAACGAGAUAACUAUGAUAACUGGUAUAAUGAGGCUUGA